AUGCCAUGUUGUGCUUAUCCCUUCACCCAAUCACUUCUGCUGCAGGUUACGGGUGCUAACAAAGGGAUUGGAAAUGGAAUUGUGGAGCUACUGGCUCGAGAGUUGAAACCAACUUCCGAGUGGCACGUCUACCUGACUGCGCGAAACGAGAAGCUGGGUUUGGAGGCCGUGAAGGUGCUUGAGGAGAAGGGUCUGAGCGUGAAGUUCCACCAACUGGACAUCACAGAUGCAGAGAGUCGACACAGGCUGGCCGCAUUCAUCAAGGAGAACUAUGCGGAGGGGAUAGACAUUUUGGUGAAUAAUGCUGGGAUCGCGUACAAAGUGGACUCCACGGCUCCGUUCGGCGAGCGAGCGAGAGUAACCAUUGGCACGAAUUACACAGCCACUGUGCAAAUGUGUGUGGAGUUCUUGCCACUGAUGGCGAAGGAUUCGAGACUUGUCAACGUGGCCAGCAUGGCUGCAAUGAUGUCGCUGAGGGCGAUGUCGAAGGAGAUGGCAGCGAAGUUCAAGGGUCCGUUGAGUAUGCAGGAGGUGGAUGAACUAAUGGCGUCGUUUGUCAGGCAUGCAGAGGCGGGAGACCAUGAAAAGGUGGGCUUUUGUGGCUUCGCUUUCGGCAUGUCGAAGAUUGGUGUGUGGAAAGCCACUUCCAUUCUAGCUGAACAAUUCAAAGAUGAUCCUCGUCACAUCCUCAUCAACUCGUGCUGUCCUGGCUACGUUGACACGGACUUGACUAGUCACAAGGGCUACAAGACCAUCUUGGAAGGUGCCGACACUCCGGUCUACCUAGCUACCCUACCAAAGGGUGCUACUGAACCCUACGGUCAGCUCAUCAGCGAACGUCAAGUUGUCAAUGUGGACAAGGAGUGUCCUUUAUGA